AACAGUGCAUUGACCCUUCCCUCGUGCCUCUCUUGGGCUCUCAAGGCUAGUUUCUUCGACGAUGGACACGUUUAUUUAUUUCUCCCGUUUGGCCCUCUAUUGGUCUGGCACAUGGCGCCCUUUUCUCUACCUAUUCUUUUUCGCUCUUCACACAAGCAGAUCCGGCUGUUUUGUUUGUUUUCGCCUUCAGUUUGCUGGCUUAUUUCACGGACGGGUUUACUUUUAGUCUCUAAACACAACUACCUAGUACGUAUCAGCCACCAUAAUACGCAAUGCCGCCGAUUCGAAAAGUCAAGAACAACAAGAACAACGCAUUCCCAGGUGCUCAAGCUCCUACUAAUAAUCGCCCAAAGAGGACGCUCCAUCCCAAAGGUGUGAAAGAUGCCCACUUUAGAAGUAGUGAUCGUGACUGGGAUGGCAAGUAUGAGCAAGUCAUCGGGACGUCCACUCGAAACAUCGUCUUCGGCAGUGAGUUUUUGUUGACCGACGAUCAUAUUGACGACAUCUUAGCCUUGGGAAGUCCAGUUUGCGAAAAGAUCGUGCAAUUUAUAUUUGAAUAUGAGGACGUGGGUUAUGGGGCACGGAAUAAUGCAGAGUCUCUGACAAACGAGGCGGUUGUCCGUCUGGGAAAGUCAUGCCCCAACUUGAAGAAAGUUCAGCUCCAAGCUACGUGUCGCGUCACUGACGACGGUCUACUCAGCUUCUUCGAGAACUGCCCCAAUCUAACUUCGGUGGAGCUUACCGGCACUUCUCGUGGUAGUAGGGAUAAACUUUCUGGACAGGCGCUUGACCAAUUGCGCGAGCACCAGGAGUGGGCUCCCAAGUUGAAGAAGCUGAUCCUUGGUGAAGAUGAACGCAACAAGUUGUUCAUGAAUGCUAUGCGCUCUUUGACCAAAGAAAGGCCAGGGCUGACAGUUACUUUGCUUCAACGGCAUGAAGUUAAGAAGUGGGGAGACUGGGAGUUGGAAGAAACGAAGAUGGUGUACAAGAAGGGGCGCCUGGCGUGGUAGGAAGGAUCCAUCCUCACGCAAUCCCUCUACUCUCAUUCUUGGUCUGUAUUCUGGAUAGCAUUAAUUGAAUCAAUGAU